GGCCUAGUAUAGGUUUCUACUUUCCGCUAUUCGACGCCAAAAAGACAACAAUUCAAAAAUCCCCAUUAUUGAACUCUCUCUCCUAUCUCCCCUCUGCGCACUUCCCCGUCCGCGCAUUUUAGCAUCACCACCGCCAGACACACAAACUCAUUCUCUGUAUAAUUAAAAGACACCACCUUUUGCUCUCUCUCGCUCUUAUAGUGAUAACGAUGGCUCAUCGUGAGCUCUUGUUUGUUAUCUGCUUUUGUUUUCUGUCUAAUCAUUCUAUUGGGCUUACAUUCUCUUCGAAGCUCAUACAUCGUUUCUCGGAGGAAGCCAAAUCGCUUUUGAUUUCAGGAAAUGAUAAUGUAAGCAGCCAAACAUGGCCUAAUAAGAACAGUUUUCAGUAUUUACAGUUAUUACUUGAUAACGACCUGAAACGCCAGAAAAUGAAUCUUGGCGCUCAGAAUCAAUUGCUGUUUCCUUCUCUUGGAAGCCACACUUUCUUCUACGGCAACGAUCUUGACUGGUUACACUACACAUGGAUUGACAUAGGAACACCGAACGUGUCAUUUCUAGUAGCUUUGGAUGCUGGUAGUGAUUUAUCGUGGGUCCCAUGUGAUUGCAUACAAUGUGCUCCUUUGUCUGCAAGUCUCUACAAACCUUUGGAUAGAGAUUUGAGCGAGUAUAGACCAUCUUUAUCAACUACAAGCAGACAUCUUUCAUGCAAUCACCAGCUUUGUGAAUUAGGUUCUCAUUGCAAAAAUCUCAAAGACCCUUGUCCUUACAUUGCUGACUAUGCUGAUCCUAAUACUUCAAGUUCUGGGUUUUUGGUUGAAGACAUAUUGCAUUUGGCUUCAGUUAGUGAUGAUUCAAAUUCAACACAAAAAAGAGUGCAAGCCUCUGUUAUUUUAGGCUGCGGUAGGAAACAAACUGGUGGUUAUUUGGAUGGAGCUGCUCCUGAUGGUGUUAUGGGUCUUGGACCUGGAAGUAUUUCUGUUCCAAGUUUGCUUGCAAAAGCUGGAUUGAUUAGGAAGUCUUUUUCUCUCUGUUUUGAUGUCAAUGGUUCUGGGACAAUUCUGUUCGGUGACCAAGGACAUACAUCCCAAAAAUCAACACCGUUAUUGCCUACACAAGGGAACUAUGAUGCUUAUCUUAUCGAGGUGGAGUCCUAUUGCGUUGGUAAUUCUUGUCUUAAGCAAUCUGGAUUCAAAGCAUUGGUUGACAGUGGUGCAUCUUUCACAUAUCUUCCAAUUGAUGUCUAUAAUAAGAUUGUGUUGGAGUUUGAUAAACAAGUGAAUGCCCAAAGAAUCAGCUCCCAGGGAGGCCCAUGGAACUACUGUUAUAACACUAGUUCAAAGCAGUUGGAUAAUGUUCCUGCCAUGCGACUUUCAUUCCUUAUGAACCAAAGUCUUCUAAUUCAUAAUUCCACAUAUUAUGUUCCGCAGAAUCAGGAAUUCGCUGUAUUCUGUCUAACACUGCAGCCAACUGAUUUAAACUAUGGUAUUAUUGGACAGAACUACAUGACAGGUUAUCGUGUAGUUUUUGAUAUGGAGAAUUUGAAAUUGGGUUGGUCCAGUUCCAAUUGUAAAGAUAUAAGUGAUGAAACAGAAGUGACUCUUGCACCAUCUCCGAAUGAUCAAUCACCAAACCCAUUACCAACCAAUGAGCAGCAGAGCGUCCCCAAUAAACGGGGAGUUGCACCUGCCGUCGCGGGAAGGACUUCCUCUAAACACUCCGUGGCAUCCCAGCAUAUUCCCUGCCUGCUCCAUGUACUAAGUUCAUUGCUAUUGCUACUGCUUGUGUGUUUUGUUUUACCUAGCUAAUUUCCUCAGUCUGUUUUACACCUUCUGUUUGUAAAUCCCGUCUAUCAGUGUGUAGCGCUUAGCUUACAAUUCCAAGUCUUUCGAAUCAUGGUACUGGUUGGGGGUACGUAGGUAGAAAGAUUCCUCAUUUUCGUGUAGCUAGCUGGGUGUACUUUUGCAUUUUUCUUUUUGCCGCUAUAGUACAAUCGUUCGGAUUUUCUUGACCA